AUGGACGGCCUGGGCAUGCCCUAUGAGGUUGUGCGCGUGGACAGGGCGGCGGCGCAGCCCCUCAAUUUCACCCAGCUGCUUUGGAACCCCGACGGCUCCGCGCGCUACGCCGGCUACUUUAUGGCGCCCAACCUGGAGGCUAUCGGCGUGCUCAACAAGUCGGACGUCCUCACGCUGUGGGACUUCCAGCUGCGCACCGGCGCGCGCAGCGCCAGGUUUGGCGUCUGGCCCGGGAGCAUCGGCUUCGCUGCCAACCUUGCAUCCUGCAACGCGGAGGAUCGCCCGAUGACUUUCAGCGCCGCGGCGACCACUGUUAUCGGCGCGUCGGGCAUCAACCCCUCAGCGACCCUGGGGAACGAGGGCCUUUGGAGGUGCCCCUUCGCCAAGGCCUCCGCAACUGGCUCUUGCCCAAUCUGCGCUGCGGACUUUGCGGGCGACUGCCUCAACCCCAGCUGCACGGCAACACAAGUCCUCGACUUUGCUGGUGGCGCCACCGCGGGCGGCGCCCUGGUCAAGUAUGCUGACGGCCGCGAGUCCCUGGCCUUCAUCUUCGACUGCGCUGCCUUCAGCCCAACCUGCAUGGUCCUGGGCCACCUGUCGUUGAGCUGGCUGCUGCAUGACAUCAUCCCGGGGCAGAGGGACGUCCUGCUGACAGUGCACCAGUGA